UGUUUACAUUCUAUCCAUACAAUUUCUGUCUCCACUAGCACCGCGACGUAAUGCGUAGUUCCAUUCUUUGUUACACCCUUGAGCUGAUCGUGUAAGGCAAAAUCUCACAGCUAUUAGGUGAAUCACCGUAGACUGAGUAACACGAACAAAAUGGCUAGUGAACCUCUUUGCGGUGGCGUAUCGGCUGAUCCGGAUAUACACAAGCCUGAACAUAUGGAACGCAUCGAAAAGGCACUUGCCACAGCAUCUGACCGUGGUGGCAAAGCGUACAAAUUGCAUCGCGUGGAAAAGCAGGUUGUUGCGGGCAUGAUGUACACCUACUACAUUUCGUUCGACGAUGAUGAGACUGGCCAGAAGUAUAAGAUCACCGUAUGGGAACGACCGUGGCUGAAGGAAAAAGAUCCGGAAGAGGCAUUACGUGUUACGUUUCAAGUUCACAAUGAAUGAUCACUCGUCGCUAGAUCGGUUCGUAUGGUGUGCUUUUUUGUAUUAGUUAAGUUCAAUAUGUUGUUUGUAUUAUUUUGUUAAAAA